AUGGAGCUGUUUGAUUCUGUCACACUACCCUACUCUCGCGACACUGCGCAACUACCCGGGCCUCUUCCCAGCUUGGAGGAAAUCCACAAUCCCGCAAAUGCUCAGUUUUCCCCGAGACGUAGCCAGAGGACCACCAGGCGUGGUGGUGUUUGCCUUAUCAGGGGAAUCUACAUUGUCAAGCAUGGGCCUGACGUGUCUGAGUAUGAGGGGAACGUACUUCUGUUCCUUGAACAACACGGGAUUCCCGCCCCACGUCUCUACGCCAUGUAUAAGGAUGAAUCUUCCGGACAUCUUUACCUAAUCAUGGAGUGUAUCAAGGGCGUCUCCUUGAAGUCCGUCCGGCCGUCUCUCUCAGUUGAACAUAGAUCAUCGAUUGCAACACAGCUGAAGGGCAUGCUCGAUCACAUACGAUCUCUCGAGCCUCCCAGCGACUUUAUUGGCAGCAUUGAUGGGACCGGCCUGCGGGAUUACGCCUUUCAAACGAUGGAUCCUGAUCCUGACAUUAAUGGCCCUUUCAAGACACCAGAAGAAGUUGGGUCAGCUCUGUCAAUUGCAUCGCGAAAGCUUUGGGAACAGUUUCGGCAAGACAUAUGGCUGCCUCGAUUUUUCUCGGAGCAGCUUUCCGAAUCCCUAAAGAACCACAGUGUGACAUUGACACAUGGAGACCUCCACGAGAAAAAUAUCAUGGUUGAGAAGAUCUCUCAAGACACCAACUCUGGAAUCAAUGGGGUUGGGGAAAGGGACACUGACGAAUAUCGGGUUACGGGUAUAGUGGAUUGGGAUUCGGCAGGCUGGUAUCCUGCAUAUUGGGAAUAUGCGUCGACACUUGCUGGAGUUGAAUCUACAAGCGAGUGGCCAGAUCAAGUGGGCAAAAUCCUCAAGCCCUACCCUCUUGAGUACUCUAUGAUUGUUUUGGUGUUUUUAAAUCUUCAACUAAUAUACUGA